CAGUUCAACCCCUGUGAGCCGAUGAAGCCGAAGCACUCCCCUCACGCCGCCUCUCCGCCUCUGAAGGACAGGAUUCACUGCGUGGCUUUUGUCCUAGACAUCAACUCUGUUAAUACACUAUCUGAUAAAAUGGUGGCAAAGCUGAAAAAAAUUCGCAAAGAUGUAGUAGACUGUGGUAUAGGAUAUGUAGCCUUGCUUACAAAUGUGGAGGAGUAUGAUGAAGUUCUUGAUGACAGUUUUGCAAACAUGACAGAAACUGUGACUUCUCUAAGCCAGGUUCAGAAUGUCCAAAAAUGGCUAAAUAUUCCUAUAGCCAAUAUCUUGAUGGUCAGCAAUUAUGCUUCAGAGCGAAGGUUGGAGCCUAUGAAGGAUAUUCUGGUCUUUGCUGCUCUCAGGCAGAUGUUGAGGGCUGCGGAUGAUGCCUUAGAGGACUUGCCUCUCGAGGAUACUGGUAACCUGGCUCCUUUCUAAAGCACUGCCUUUUGGGAAACCCUCAGCUGUAGUUCACUGGGGUGUUUGGGGACCAUUUUCCUAGCCCUGACAUGUAUUGUAAUAUGUGCUAGCUUCUGCUUUUGCUUGCCUUGUUUUGGAGCAAUCUGAGGAUUGGCACAUGCUGCUGUGACAUUAGUGUCCCUGGAUUUAGUUUAAACCUGAUUGCCCCAAGAAGAGGCACUCUGCUGAAAGCCUUUGUUAAUGUUCGCUGUCCUUCAACAAUGAGUCACAUAUUAAAAAUGCAAACCCUGAGAAGUGGAGAGAGAGAGAGGUCCUCGGAAAAAUGGGCUUCCAUAUGCCCACACCAUGUACAGUUUUAUAUGUGGAGGACAGAGGUGUCAGAUCCCCCCCGGAACUGAAACAGGCUCAUGAACCAUCCAGUGUGUGUACACAUCUACAUGUGUCUUUCUCAAGCUCCUUAGGCAAAACAAACUUGGCUUUGCUUUUCCUUCUCCAGUACAUUAUACAACUCUAUGUACCGGAAUUGACUGCACAGUAGUUAGAAAAUGAUGUAGAUGUCUGCUAUUCCAAAUGGAGCAUGAGUUCUCGAGAAACAGGACUGGAUUUGCCUUGUAGUCCCAAAGCUCAUCACAAGGUCUACUAAGCAUUAAGGAUCCUCAUUAUAAGUCCUCUGUACCACUUUUUUUUUUUCUAACAAUGAUAUUUACUUAGUUCACUUGUCUCUGGUUGAAAGCAUGCAUGUCUCUAAACACAUUUAAAGGAAUUGAAAAGAGCCAAUAUUUGUUAACAACUUGUUUAAUUAUAGUACUGUUUUAAUUUCAUGAAAUAAAGUUUCUGCCUGAA